UCGUGUCCAUAGCAGCAGUUUUGCGAGGGGAGUGCAUGAAGCGAAUGGAUAACCAGAGACGAAAGGCUCAAACAAGUACAACCAUUGGACAUGCGUAUCUGCAACCUUCUUCGUUUUAUUUUAAAACUUGUAAGAAUGCCCCUCUUCCUCCAGUGAUCCACCGUCAGAACAGAGUGCCGGCCUCUGCUCACUUCUCCCUCACCUCACACACGGAGCAUGACAGAAAGCUACUGAAUGGACCUCUGUACAAUGAAAUCCACUCUAAAGCCCCUGCGCACUGGACCACACACUUCCUCAAUGAGCUGGCCCACAGGCUCAGAGACCGGCCAACAGUGAGAGUGGUCUCUAAUCCCACCAGUGAAAUGCAGGACCGCUACAGAGGUCAAUCACCAGCAUGUGAACCUCCGUCUGAACACUUUAACAUGAUGCAGGCACUGUACAAACAGCUGGAAACGACUCAAAUGGCGUUUGUGCAGGAACCAGUCUUUAGCACUACCAAGACUGACUUCAAGCACUUUAACAGGUCAGAUUUGUCUCCUUGCUCUGUCCUGGAUGCAGCUACCUUUAAUGGAACCCUUACCAAGAGUGCAGCUCACAGCCGACUUCCUGCUCACAAAGCGCCAUCCACUUUAUCAUGUCAACCCCGGCUGCCUCGUCCACCUCUUCCUGUGCCCCACAGGGGUAAAAGUAGUCUGUAUAUGGACAGUUUUACUGUACCUGUGCCUCCCCCAACAUCCCAAGCCGCCAGUGUUGCACAGAGUGGGGUGAAAUGGCAAGAUGAUGGUGGUAGAGGUGUGUUACUGGACAUUUUAGGUGUUCCUAAAAUGUAUAGUACUGAGAAUCAGACAUAUGGAAGAAAUAAGAUGUCUAUGGUAUAAGAAAAUAGACAGACUAGGGUGGAUGGUUUGAUUUUCAGUUCUUCAAAAAAUGGUUUAAUCAAUAUUGCUUGAUUUCCAUUCUUUUCUUUUGACACUCAGAGGGUGGGUAAUAAAUGGAGAACAAAAACAUGUUAGAAGUGAUUGGUGGAAACGUUAUUGAUUUAUUGAUCUGGAGUUUGUGCCUGUCUGUGUUCUGCGUAUGUGUUCUUUAUCCGUAAAGGGAGAUUUCGCUCAAAAUUGAAAAUGAUGUGCUCAUCACAUCCUCAUGUUAUUCAAAAUGUGUAUGACUUUCUUCUGUGGAACACAACAGGAGAUAUUUACAAGAUUGUUCAGCAUUUUUGUCCAUACACUGAAGUUGCUGACCUAUCAAAAUAUUGUCUGCUCUACAGAUAAAAAAUAAAUAAAUCUUUCCCGU